AUGGGAAGAGCGUUCGUGUACGUGAUUCUCGGUGGUGGUGUCUCUGCUGGUUACGCUGCUCUUGAAUUCGUUAGACGAGGCGUUUCUCAUGGUGAACUCUGUAUCAUUUCUGAUGAAUCAGUUGCUCCUUAUGAAAGACCUGCAUUAAGCAAAGGAUAUUUGCUUCCAGAAGCUGCUGCCCGGCUUCCAUCCUUUCAUACAUGUGUAGGAGCAAAUGAGGAAAGACUAACUCCAAAAUGGUAUAAAGAACAUGGAGUUGAACUAGUUCUUGGAACUGGAGUUAAGUCUGCUGAUGUGAAACGUAAAACACUGUUAACAACAACUGGGGAGACCAUAAGUUACAAAUUUCUUAUUAUUGCUACUGGUGCCCGGGCUUUGAAACUGGAGGAAUUUGGGGUUAAUGGAUCAGAUGCAGAAAAUGUAUGUUAUUUAAGAGAUAUAGCAGAUGCAAAUAGGCUUGUGAAUGCUAUUCAAUCUUCUCCUGGUGGGAAUGCUGUUGUCAUUGGUGGUGGAUACAUUGGCAUGGAGUGUGCAGCAUCUUUAGUGAUUAAUAAAAUCAAUGUAACAAUGGUCUUCCCAGAAGCACAUUGCAUGGCUCGUUUAUUAACCCCCAAGAUUGCAAGCUACUAUGAAGAAUAUUAUAAAUCAAGAGGAGUAAAAUUCAUUAAAGGAACUGUGCUAUCAUCAUUUGAUUUUGAUUCCAAUGGAAAGGUUACAGAUGUUACUCUUAGAGAUGGAACAAAGCUAUCCGUAGACAUGGUUGUAGUGGGAAUUGGAAUACGACCAAAUACAGGUCUGUUUGAAGGCCAACUUACUCUGGAGAAAGGUGGAAUCAAGGUAAAUGGAAUGUUCCAGUCAAGCAACAGUUCAGUCUAUGCUAUCGGAGAUGUUGCAGCAUUUCCAGUCAAAGCAUUUGGGGAAAAGCGAAGACUUGAGCAUGUUGAUUCAGCUAGAAAAUCUGCAAAACAUGCCGUUUCUUCCAUAAUGGAUCCCGAAAAAACAGGCGAAUUUGACUACAUUCCCUUUUUCUACUCCAGAGUCUUCACUUUGUCAUGGCAGUUUUACGGGGAUAAUGCCGGGGAAGUUGUAUAUUAUGGAGAUCUCUCAGCCUCGGGUAGCACAUUUGGAGCAUAUUGGGUAAACAAGGGUCAUGUUGUUGGGGCUUUCCUUGAAGGAGGAAGUAGAGAAGAAUAUGAAGCCAUAGCCAAGACUACAACGUUAAGGCCAGCAGUUGAAGACUUGACUGAGUUGGAGCGGCUAGGUUUGGGGUUUGCAGUGGCAGUUAGCCAGAAACCAGUAGCAUUACCACCACCAAUUGAGGUUAGCGGUAGCACUUCUGGUCUUCUUUUGGAAAAACCAUUAUAUGCUUGGCAUGCUACAGCUGGGGUCGUUCUUGCUGCAUCGAUAGCUGCAUUUGCAUAUUUUUAUGGAAAAAGGCGUCGCAGAUGGUGA